AUGGCGAACAGGUCUGGCAUUGCUGUGUCCAGCUCACGAUUUGCUUGUUUGCGUAUUGAAGACGACGAUGAGAAUGAAAGCAAACAGUCAAUGAAACCUAAACAAGAGAAAAACGCCAAUAGCACGGCUGCUGCAAAGAAAAAGAAUAAAAAGAAAAAGGAAGCCAACGAGACAGAAAAGCUGAAGAACCUGGCAUUCGGGAAAGUUGGAGGAGGUAGUGGAGGAAAAGGCCAUCCACAUAAAAAUGUUGCUGGAGAUGGGGGAGAUGAGGGAAAAGCAUGGAACUCAUGGAAGGAACAUGAUAAGGAGGCAGUGGAAGAACAGUUCAAAGAUGACUUGGAAAAGGCUUUGCUUCAAAGUCGACUUGAAGCUGAGAAGAAACAGCAGGAGGCUAAGAAGUUGAAAGAAAGAAUUGAUGCUGGUUUGGAAGUACCGACUACAAGAGAAGGAAGGAAGAAGAAGAAGCAAAAAGAAAAACCACAACCUAUGUCUUUAGAGCAGUUCAAACAGCUUCCACCAGACAGGCCGGUUGCUUCUGAUGACUCUGAAGAUGAAGUAAAUGGCCAUCCUGUGGUCCCGCAGGUUCAGACAUCAUUGCCUCCAUCACAACAGGACCCAAAGUUUUUUAAUUCCAUUCAGGAGGACGCUGAACAAAUUUUGAAGCAUGAGAAAAUUCAAGAAGAGUAUCGGAAGCAAUACACUUCUGACAGUGUAAUUGUGGCGAAGUUAAAAGCUGAUCUGGAGAAGAAGGAUGAAGAGCUGCAACAAAUAAAAGCUAAAGUUGAAUCUAUGGAGGAUGAAUUGAAGCAAGUCAAGAAAAGAAACAAGCAGCUGUGUGUCAUAUUAGCACAAGGAGAAAUGAAAGACAAGGCUCAGGUGUUACUUCAAGUUGAUGAACUGACUGCUGUUAAAGAUGAAUUGACAGAUCAGGUGGCUGAUUUAACUGCAGAACUUGAAAAGGAGAAGUCCAAGAACCAUGCCUUGAAAGCAGAGUUAGACAAGUUGAAGACUAAUAAACAUGGGAAGUAA